UUCCUGUCCAGAUUCACCUGUUGACGCGGAGCGAGCGCGAGAGGAAUGAAAUGAGGCCGUUUCCCUUCAGACUGGGAUGUUUGCUGCUUCUGGGUCUCGUGUCAUUUCUCUGGAUUAAAUCCGGUCCCGGUGAUGAAGGCAGGAACUACUUCUUCCGCCUCACUGCUCAGUGAUCAGUCCGACGUGCAGGGAUGAGUGGCGAUAUUUCAGCUCCACAAACAACAACGAUGCUCAGGAUGAUGUGAAGACCUCAGACCUCCUCCAGCGUCUGAGAAUCCGUCUGAAGUAGAGGUGAUGAGGAGAGGAGGCGGACAGCUGCAGCUAGGGCGGAGACAUGUUACUCUGGUACUACCAGAUACUAUCUAUCCAGGAUCACUGGUCCCAGACCUGCGGACCCUCCACAAGAGGCUGCUGGUGGCUGAGGAGCUGGGCAGCCAGGUGAGCAAAGACCUGAGCAGCAUCCUGGAACAGCUGGUAAACAUGUCCAUAUCUGACAACACCACCCAUUCUCCCAGUAAUGCUACGACCAACGACAGCGUCUCUACAGAAGUAUUGAAGCAUCUGAGAGGCCAACGCACUCUUCUCCAGCCCAACAUUUACCUGUACAUGCCCCACCUGAGACGGCAUCCAGACAGCAUGGUUCCCAACGUCAUACUGGGACGGCAACGGCAUGGAGUGUCUGUGGUGCUGGGCAUCCCGACGGUGAAGCGUGAGAAGCAGAGUUACCUAGAAAACACGCUCAACUCUCUGCUCUACAGCCUGACUGCCGCUCAACGCCAAGACCUCCUCAUCAUCAUCUUCAUUGCUGAGACAGAUUCAAACUAUGUGGGCAGCAUCGCAAAGACCAUCAGGAGCAGUUUUCCCAGGGAGGUGGAGUCCGGCCUGUUGGAGGUAGUUUCUCCAUCACAGUAUUACUACCCUGACUUCAACACCCUAACCGAGACCUUUGGAGACUCCAUGGAUCGAGUCAAAUGGAGAACAAAACAGAAUCUGGACUUCGUUUUUCUCAUGCUGUAUGCUCAGGACAAAGGAACCUUUUACGUUCAGUUAGAAGAUGAUGUUGUUGCAAAGUCCAGUUAUUACAGUGAUAUGAAGACAUUCACCAUACAGGAAGCCUCAAAGCCGUGGCUUUACCUGGAGUUCUCCCAGCUGGGAUUUAUAGGCAAGAUGUUUCGGACUCGCGACCUCCCAAUGAUCGCAGAGUUCUUCCUGAUGUUCUACAGAGACAAACCCAUCGACUGGUUGCUGGAUCACAUUCUGUGGGUGAAGGUUUGCAACCCUGAGAAGGAUGCUAAACAUUGUAAUGAGCAGAAGGCAUUACUGAAGCUGCGUCAUAAGCCCUCCCUCUUCCAGCAUGUUGGCCUCCACUCCUCUCUGCCCGGGAAGCUACAGCAGCUGAAGGACAAGGACUUUGGGAAGCAGAAUCUGUUCCAGGCCCACAAAAACCCACCUGCACAGCUGAGCAGCAGCCUGAAGCAUUAUCAACAGCACAGUCUGGACCGACUUUACCAAGGACAGGACUUCCUGUGGGCAUUGUCACCUAUCCAAGGGGACUACAUCCUCUUUAGCUUUGCACAGCCCAUCACCAUAUCUGGGUACAUGUUCCACAGUGGAAAUAUAGAGACGAGUCGGGACAGGUUCUACAACACGACGGUGGAGGUUCUGCCCAGCAGAGUAUCUGGUAAAGACGACCCCGCUGUCGGUUCAUCCUCUAAACACUCCGAUCAGGGCUUCGUCGUCAUCGGUGCACAUUCAGGUUUAACUAGCUCACAGAAGAAGAAUGACGUUCUCUCAGGGACACUGUGGACAAAUGGCUCCACCUGCUGGAUACAGACUUUCACUACAGGACAUUAUUCCAGACCAGUGAACAUCCAGUCUCCAUGACCUCGAUGGGUUCAGACAGAGAGGGAAAAGCUCCUUCCUGAGUUAUGUUUAUUUUGGAGAAUUAUUUUUCUAACAAAUAAAGCUAUAUUUAAUAUGA